UUCAUUGCACAUUUACGAUAGAUGCUGUAUAACCAAAUCCAUAACUUUCGUCGUUUUGAAGGAACUGUUAAUUUUGAGGAGAUGAAGCAGAUGGUGGAUGCAAACAAAGAUGGAACAGUCCUUCUUGAUGUCCGAAGUCGUGACGAAUUCCGCGACGGUCACAUUCCUAACUCCUUCAAUGUGCCAGUCGACAGGUUCAAUGAUGCUUUUGAGUUGCCUGAGGAUCAAUUCAGACAAUUGUACGGCUUUCCCAAGCCAAAGAAGAACUCGAAAAUCGUUACCAGUUGCUUGAAAGGAAUACGGGCAGCAAACGCAGCCGAAAUCCUCACCAGAAGCGGAUACACCAACGUCAACAUCUACAAGGGCAGUUUCGACGACUGGAAAAACAAAGGAGGAGAUGUGGUGCAGUAAGAAGUUUUUGCUGAGCAACACCGGAUCCAUCAUCGGCACUUGCAACGACUUUCGCACGUUUCUUAAACGAAUUAGAAAUUUGCAUUACCACUGCUGUGCAGAUUAAUAAUUGGGACGAAAAUCCGCGUGCAUAGUCUUCAGACGUCGUUAUUCCUAUGUUCGACAUGAAUGCUUCAGAAGCCUAUUCAUUUUGAUAAAAUGAGGCUUUAUUUAUCUUCA